CGCAGUAAGACUCAUUGGCGGUGUUGCGGUGCACGGUAGUACGGGAAACAGAGAGUAUUUGACCACGGUUUUCCUUCUGCACCGGCGGAAAAAAGAAGAUUCGAGAGCAGUCAAUGGAACCGAGCGUCAUUUAAAUCAUUUGGUUACGCUAUUUGGUUUGAAAAAUGGAACCGGUUCCUCGGUUCUCGGUUCAAAUCCCAAGACCUGAUAUUUGCCUUCCUUAUAGAUGGAGAAGCCUGUAGCCUAUUACAUGCGCUCACGCUCGUCAAGUCUAUCAGAUAAUGGGACGUAAAGAUGGGGUACGACACCAGUUGCUCUCUUAAAAAUAGCCUCUCCUGCUGGAGAAUGACCCCCCCUCAGCGCCUGUCGGAAUGCCGUUUCUCUCCGCGUGCACAAGGGCCACGCGCCAGAUGGCCACAUCAUAACCGACUGUGAUACUUGAUCCUAUUGCACUAAAGCUGGACCCUAACUUUGCUGAUCUGAUGGAUUUAAAGAGGGUGCUGUCCUUUCCUCCAUAUCCAGGGGAUUAUUUGCACCCAGUGGUGUACGCCUGCACUGCAGUGAUGCUGCUCUGCCUACUGAUUUCUAUCAUGACAUACAUUGUACACCACAGCAUAAUCCGAAUCACUAGGAAAGGAUGGCACAUGCUCCUCAACUUCCUCUUUCACACUGCCAUGACGUUUGGGGUGUUUGCAGGAGGCAUCAACCAGAUCAAGUACCCUGUGAUCUGUCAAGUGGUUGGCAUUAUCUUGCACUACUCCUCCCUCUCUAGCAUGCUAUGGCUGCUCUUCACUGCCAGGAAUAUUUGCAAGGAGGUGUCCAAGGCUCCACCCAUACCUCAGGACAGGGACCCCCCCAACCAACCACGCCCUAAAACCACUAUCUUCAGGUUUUAUCUGGUCAGUGGUGGGAUCCCUCUAAUUAUAGUGGGCGUUACGGCUGCUGUUAGCUUGGAUAACUACGGUAGCAGAGAUGACGCCCCUUACUGUUGGAUGGCCUGGGAGCCCAGUCUUGGGGGCUUUUAUGGUCCCACUGCCUUCUUGGUCUUGGUAAUGUGCAUCUACUUUCUAUGGAUAUUUGUGCAGCUAAAGCGGCACCCUGAGCGCAAGUAUGAGCUCAAGGCCAUGACCGAAGAACAACAGCGUCUAGCUGUAGCUGAAAUCGGCCAUUGCCACGCUGUCAGCGGAGAACCUGGUGAGCACGGCGAUCACACAGGCUGCACAGCCAUCACAGCCUCCAUGCUGGCCAAUGAACACUCUUUCAAAGCUCAGCUGAGGGCCACCGCCUUUACUCUCUUCCUCUUCCUGGCCACCUGGGUUUUCGGAGCAUUGGCCGUAUCACAGGGCCAUUUUCUAGACAUGAUCUUCAGCUGCUUAUACGGAGCGUUUUCAGUCACAUUGGGGCUUUUUCUGCUGAUUCAGCACUGUGCAAAACGUGACGACGUGUGGCAUCGGUGGUGGGCCUGUUGCCCCAACAAACCAAAGUUGGAGGUCAACGGAGAACCGGCGGGGAACGCUGCUCCUCCUACUCAAAGUCACAGCCAUACACCAUCCCACGGGCAGAACCAAAUCCACUGCCAGGUCGACUCGUCCUGCCUGGGUAAACCUUUGCUUUCUCCGCACCUACAUUCCCCUUUGCCACACUGCAAAUUGGAUACUCUGCCCUCCACCCAGAACCACAUGAGCACCUGCUGUGCCACCCUUCACAGCCCCUCUUCCUUAAUCGGGAGCACGACUCGCCCACAGUCCCUCCCUGAUGAACUGCCCCGGCCAACCCUUCCCCUGCAAAGCUGCCUGAAGGACAGGUCUAAGACUCGUUCCUUCAACCGACCUCGGCCCUGCCUCAGGGACUAUUCUUAUCACAUGACCUCCAGUAGCAUGGACGGCAGUGUGCAUAGCUCCCACCUGGACAGCCCCCACAGCGUGCACCUGGACAACCCUCUCACCUGCCACACGUCCCACUUGGACACUCAACUCUCUUGUCACAGCCCCCACCCAGACAACCAGCUGCGCUGCCCCAGUCCCAGUCCUCACUUUGAGAGUUUGGCUUCGCACGGUCUUCACGAUAGCUUUUCCUGCCACAGCGCACUCUUGGACAGUCAGCUCUCGUGCCACAGACACAUGUGCUGUGCUAAAGCAGACCCAUUCUCGAGCAUAUGCUGCCAUAAAGCUGACCCAUUUGUCAGCCCUUGCCAGGCGGAGGAUCCUGACAAGGGUCCGCUGGUGUACAGUUGUGCAAAAAUGGCAGAUAAAGAGGACGAAACCAUGCUGCAUUUGGAUACAACCCCUCCGAAGGCCACUCUGUUGAGCUCCCAGGCCACGCUUAGCAGGAAAGGCACCCUCAGCCGGAGAGGGACACUGAGUCGGAAUAGUAGUCAGCAUGAGGACUACGUACUUACCUCUGAUUCCACAGGUAACAUUAGGACUGGACCUUGGAAAAACGAGACAACCGUGUAGGCCUGUGAAUGAUGUGCUAACCUGUUUCUCUCACCUGAACUAAACUACUGUGUAGUCCCAGGGCUGUUACCCAAAGGCCCUCUCUUCUUUGAGCUAAGCUACUGUGUAGUCCCUCUGCUGUGACUUCCCCUUUCUCACCUGCCUCAUAUACCUUCUCUUCCCCUUUAAAGAGAUUUGAACCUCUGGUUACCUCUUCUCAGACUUCAUCUCAUGUCUCAUCCCAGCGCUAUUUGGUUUGUACCCUUGCCAUUUUGAUAUGGCAGCAAAGAUCACGACAUACAUUUUAAUUUGGAAGAUUUUUAAUAAUCAAACUGAUUUUUGUACAUGUGUUUUGGGGUAUGGUAACAUAAUGUGAAAUUAUGUCGUUGUGGAUGUGUGAGUGUAUGUGUGUGUGUAUGUGUGUGUGUGUUUAGUAGGUGAGAAAGUACUGAGUGCAUGUGUUUGUGUCUAUUUGCAUGUGACAACAUGCUUGUGUGUAUAUAGAUAGCAAAAUUUCUAUUUGUGCAAGAAAAGUUCUCUGUUCUAGAGCCAAAAUCUCCCACAUUUGUGUUUAGCCUUCUAACAAAAAAAUGCUAAAUGGAUCGCCAAGUGUGAAAACAUCAGCACUUAAUUAGAUUUUUACUUUAAAAGGAAAACUGUGAAUUACCACUAAUGAAAUUCAAGAUUAAUCAAUGAACAUAUGAGUUACAGUAUAGGUGCCAAACUGUUUAAUAAUUAAAAUGCAACUGAAAUCUACCUGAAAGUGCAAAGUAGUUUGUGAUUAUGUGGAUAAUGGUGAGUGGUUGUCACAACGAAGCUGUCAUUUUUUUUUCAUCUCCAGACAUAAAAGCAGCAAACAAAUAGGCUCCCUGUGUUUCCAUGGUGACAAAUCAUGAAGAGAGGUGCCCAGUCAGAAUGCAUUUGAACUGCACAUGUGAUGUAUGCACAUACAGUAUUUAAUUACUGGCAAAGAUGCGCAGAUCAGUUCAAGUCAAUGGCCUUACAGAACGUAUCAGUUUUGCAUUGAUCAAAAGUCUUGUGUUGCACUAAAGCAUUAAAGCAUGCACACCAUAAUGUAGGAAGCAAUCAUUUACAUACCUAACGAGCUACAUAUAGCUACAUAUAUUCAUGUGAUCGACAGGAACGUGUCUUUGCUUAUUGUAAACACUCAUGGUUAUUUAUUCUGAGGCAAAAAAUAAAUAAAUGGAGGGCUUCACUUUCUACAUUAGAAGAAAGGUUUCUCAUUAACAGUUUAUAUCACUGUGCCAACUCACCUUGCUCACAAAAAUGGUAUGAUUUAACUUGAUGGAACCUCAUCUGUCAAACAAGCAGUGAGUAAAUGAAAACAAAAAGGGGAAAAAAUCUGUCUAUGCCAACUCAUAUUGUAAAUAAUUAGGCACGUUGAUUCAAAAAGAGGAAAUCAAGAAUAAAAUGGAAUCUGAACACUAAAUAACAUAAGUUCAAUGAAACAUGAGGGCAAAUAACCAGAAUUUUGAUUCAAGAAAUGUAUCAAAUUUACACAACAUUCUUGCUUUAAUUGAACCUAAUAUGUGAUUUAUUUAUUAAACUCUAUUUAUUCUUCAUUUAAUUUUUUUUGAAUCAGCAAACCCGAUUUACAAUAUAUAAAUUGGCGCAGAUGCAACUUUCUUUUUUUAAACUUAAUAUAUGAUUUAGUGUGCAUAUUCUAUUUGAUUCAUAAUUUAAAUGGAGAUAAACACUUGAUAACACAUGAAAUCUGCCAAUUGCUACAUAUAUCUAUUUUAAUUUUUAAAGGGUAAUAUAAUUUUUUAAGUACCAAGUGAUCGUAUUUGUCUUAUUUUUUUCUUAAUAAUAUGUGCCAUUAUUUAAUCAGAAUGCCAACUGAAGAGUAAUGUGAAACAUUUGCAAGAUUCCUUUUUUAUAGUGGGUUUCUUUGUGAGCUCAGGGAUCAUGUUGCAUUUACAACUACACAAGAUAGAAAUUUGCAUGAAAUCAAUAUUGGCUAUUGACCCCAGAGUGUUUUACCAUUAAAUUAUAUAAACAUAUUAAUUUAA